GGUUCCGGUUCCGGUUCCGGUGGCGGCCCGGUGCGGGAGCGGCGGCGCGAUGGGGCUGAGCGCGGAGGAGGCGGCGGAGCAGGAGGACCGCUUCGACGGGAUGCUGCUCGCCAUGGCCCAGCAGCACCAGGGCGGCGUGCGCGAGCUCGUGAACACCUUCUUCAGCUUCCUGAGGAGGAAGACGGAUUUCUUCACCGGGGGAGAGGACGGAGUAGCAGAGAAGCUGAUCACAGAAGCCUUCAGCCACCACAACAAGCUGGCGCAGAAGGAGCGCAGGGAGAAGAAGGCGCGGCAGGAGGCCGAGCGGCGCGACAAGGCCGAGCGCGCCGCACGCCUGGCCAGGGACGGGCAGCAGCACAGCGAGCCCCGCAUCAAGGAGCUCACAGAGGAGGAGGCAGAGAGGCUGCAGCUGGAAAUCAACCAGAAGAAGGAGGCACAAGGGCAGGGUAACGGUGUCCCAGUGAAACCCUCAGAGGAGGAAGGGGAAUCUUCAGAUUCCAACAAACAGGGAACAGAUGAUGAAGAGGAAGAUGAGAAGGAUAAAGGAAAACUUAAACCCAACUCUGGCAAUGGAGCUGACCUCCCAAAUUAUAGAUGGACACAGACUCUUUCAGAAUUGGAUCUGGCUGUGCCCUUCAAGGUGAGCUUCAGGCUGAAGGGCAAGGACGUGGUGGUCGAUAUCCAGAGACGGCGCCUCAAGGUCGGCCUCAAGGGCCACCCUCCUCUCAUUGAUGGGGAGCUCUUCAAUGAGGUCAAGGUGGAGGAGAGCUCCUGGCUCAUUGAGGAUGGUAAAACAGUCACAGUGCACCUGGAGAAGAUCAACAAAAUGGAAUGGUGGAACAAACUGGUCUCCACAGACCCAGAGAUCAACACCAAGAAAAUCAACCCAGAGAAUUCAAAGUUGUCAGACCUGGACAGCGAAACUCGCAGCAUGGUGGAGAAGAUGAUGUACGACCAACGACAGAAAUCCAUGGGGCUGCCCACCUCUGAUGAACAGAAGAAGCAGGAUAUUUUGAAGAAGUUCAUGGAACAGCAUCCAGAAAUGGACUUUUCAAAGGCUAAAUUCAACUGAGCUCUCCCCUUUCCCCCUUUCAGUCAGCCCAUUGAACGGGGCAGGAUAUGUAUGGUUGGAUAUUCCUCACCUUGGGCAAGUAAAAUCUCAGCAUCCCCCACCCGAGCUUGCUGUGGAGGCACCUGUGUGCAGUCACCCUCAGAGUCCUGGGGAGCAGAAGGCAGGGCCCCAGAGCAGCUCCAGAAGGAAACAUCUGGCACAAUUCCCAAAGGGCAGCGAGGAGAGAAGGAGGGGUUAGAGGAAAAAAGGGGGUUAGGGCUGGGAGAGCCAGACCUGACAGGUUUGGGGAUAAAUCCUCGAGGUAUUGCUUCGCUUGCUCUUUGCCACUGGCAGAGAGCCCGAGAUCUACUCCCUCCUGCUCUCCUGUGAAAAUAAGGGUCAGUUUAUUUUGUAAAAUAAAUCUUUUUCUGCCUCCCUGGGAAGGGAAAAGAGCAGUUGAAAAGCCCAGCUACUGCAGUGGAGACACACCCUGCUUCUCCUUGCUGCUGCUCCUGUUUGUGCUGGGAGCAGCUGGAGCACUCCAGGGCUCCCAGCACAGCUGGAGAGCUCAGCCUGCUGUCCUGGAGCAAGGGGAGGCUGUGGCUGUGGGUGGGAGAGGGUGUGGGGGCUUUGGGGAUGCUGUUGUUGCUGGGAGUGUCUCCUGCCUCUGUUCCCCGAGCCGCGCGGUGUGCGAGCUCCCGCUGACGGGUGGCAUCACUCUGCAUGUUCAUUCUUCCUUAAACUGCAGUGCAACAUAAAGGAAAAGAGUGGAAUGUCUCGG